AUGGAAACAGGCACGGGAAGCCAGACUGCACCAGGCCACGGGUGUCUCUUCCAAUUAGGGGGAGAGCAGGGAAUCCCAGAGCGUGGCCUGGCAUCGGACGUUGAGCCUGUGGAGGGCCCCCCGAGGGAGGCUUUGCCAGGCCAGGCCCCCGGGCUGGGUGCGGUGCGUAGCUCGGCGGACGGGCACAAACAGAGCAAGGGGGCAGGUGUCCAUGUCCGGCAGAGAGCCGGGGAGGAAAUGGUGAGGGGGGAGCCGCAGAGGCCGGCUCUGGGAUGGCUGGCGGCGUUUCUAUCCUUCUGCGUGCGCACCACAGUGCCUCAGACCCCGGACCCAGAGCUCUUCAGCACCGCGCCCCCAAAGAAGCCGGACCCCAUUACUUCAGAAACCGUUGUUUUCUGGGGCCUGCGGCUAUGGCAAGUCAUUGGAGUUUUUUCCAUGUUUAUUCUGGCAAUAGUGAUAACGCUUUGCUGCAUCUUCAAAUGCCGGAUCCCCAGGACCAAGAAAGAGAUCGAGGCGAGGCACGCCCAGAGAGAGGCAGCUAAGGUAUACGCUGACACUUUGGAGACAGUGCCUCCACUUAAUGAGCUCACAGAGGUGCCUGGAGCUGCUGUUGCUGAGGAAAAAACCGAAGUGCCCAGUGUUUCUGGGAAGGUGGAGAAGAAGGGGGAGAAAGAUGGCAACAAGAAGGAGGGAAAGGCGGGUAAAGAGGGGAAAGGGGACGCCAACGAUGCAACCACCAAAAAGAAAGGGGACAAAGGCAAUGAGAAGAAAGGAGAAGGCGGAGAAAAAGGCAAGAAGGCGGGAGAAAAGCGAGCGGCCGACAAAGGAGGGGAUAACGCUAAGGGUGGAGCCAAAGGAGGGGGCGGGGCCAAGGAUGCUGGUAAAGGUGGGGCUAAGGGAGGAGCCAAAGGAGGGGGCGGGGCCAAGGAUGCUGGUAAAGGCGGGGCUAAGGGAGGAGCCAAAAAAGACACUGCGAAAAAGUGA